UUGAAUCGACUUGGCAGCAUUCCCGGACUUUGGGGCAAGUCGUCACGACGGUGGCGGCGCGGUCGGUCGAGAUGGUGGACUUCGACGAAGCUUCGAUGGACCACCGCAUGAGUACAUACAGCAAUGCGACGGACACGACCGAGUCGUCCGAUGAGAACUACCAAGAAACGUGGCUUGAAUCCGAUACGAUGGACGACCUGAUCACCGGCAAGGUUUUUCUCGACGAAAUUCACGUCAAAGACGACGUGGACGGAGGGGAUUGUAUCACGAUCAACCCACUGCAUCCAUCCCCCCGUCGGGAACGACUCCGAUCCAAGACGUACUCGAUGUGUAGCACCACCUCAACAUGCAGCUGCGGUUCCUUUUCUGUCAAAGAGCGGUGUCUGUCGGACCUCAGUGCGUCCAUGGACUACACAUAUCUCAACUCGCCCGCGUUGAGCGUUCGGGUCAUCGGAACGGCUACUGUUAGUGGGCAACUAGUUUACAGCAUCCGCGCGGAAGAUGAGGUGAAUGGAACUUGGACGAUCCAAAAGACGUACAAGGAAUUGUACACGUUGUACAAGCAGGUCAAGACUCUGUCAACUUCCCCCGUGAACACUCCGUUUUGGGGGACUCUGCGUGCGCUCCGCAAGUGCCGUGUACCGAAGCGACUCUUUCGACUCAAGUCACAAAAAUCCAUCACUUGUCAGCGAAUGGUUAUCAUGGAUUCGUUCAUUCGGCAAACUGCAAUGAUUGUUCAGCCGAGGCCCUUGGGACCACAGCGCCAACAAGUCCUUGACCUGUUGCAUGCGUUCAUCGGAUUGAGUCCCAACGCAGACGCGCCGAAGCGCACGACUGCUGAGUACCUACUCCGCAAAAGUUCCUUUAUGCAGAGCUCCUCGUGUUGUGCCUGCUCGGUGGCAUCGGAAAAACCCUCCGCCACGGACAUCGAACGCGUGAUCUCGACAGCGUUCGACUCUCAUGUUGCCGCGUCUUGUGAAGCCUUCAUCGAGCAGUUCACUCAGCGAGCGGCUACAUUGUACGUGCCCCCAUCCAAGAGUUUGCUCGCGAAGAAGUCAAGCUGCCAAGAAACUCGCAUUUCCAAGGAAAAUGCUGACGCCAUGAUGGACUGUAUCAAAACGACCAUGGCCGACCUCAAGGCGCAACUGCUCGAUUCGGCCGAUGUCGUGGAGUUCCUUCGCGCAACCCGGCUCAAAAUUGCUGACCCCGAAGUGUGCGAGCAGGCUGCUCAGCACAUUCGUCGAGAAGCUUCGUCGAUCAUCCAAACACACGUGUACGUCGCCCUUGAAGACGACAUUGCCGAGUGUUUGCGGGCCAUCGUCCCAGACUCCGACGACGAGGCGCUCGUUCGCAAGAUACGACUGUUGGCACGAAAGCCACAGACGGCGUUUGGCGUGAAGAGCGGAUUCUCGGCCGAAGAUUGGAUCCACGCGCGGUCCGAACUCGGUGCGAUGGACCUGUGCACGCUCCCCAUUGACAAGCUCAAGUGCAUCAUGAAUGCCGCGAUGGGCGUUUACCAAACCGUGGUUGAGUCGCAAUGCGAGGGCAACAACUCGCCCGCGAACCUCACGCUAUCAGCGGACGAUUUCGUGCCCAUCCACAUUUACGUCGUAUUAACGAGCUUGCUCUUGAACCCGCUCGUGACCAAGGAACUGCUCGCGCUGGUCACGGACCCCACCGAUCUCACGGGCAAGAUCGGAUUCUACUUUACGAACUUUGUCGCGGCCAUCGAUCACAUCGCGCAGCUCUCCGAGUAGACCGUUUGUGAAGACGAGUACCAUAGUUAUUUAUUCGACAUAACGUUAUCGUGCUAUUAUUUACCCCAUGAUGUCAUCGCACAAGAUUCAAUCGUAGUGGAUUUUGGUGCACACCAGGCCCUCGAAGCGCCGCCAUCGUGGUGGCUUUCUCCUUGCAAAGACACUGCGCCGGGUCACGCGUGUACCACGAGAGCAAUUGCAAGAUAUUUAU